CCCCAAAAAAAUACAUUUCUUUCACUACCUCAAUUUUCCACCAAACCCUAAAACCCCAUCCUCUCCUUUUUUCUUCUCCCUUCAAAAUCAUAUCUACUUUUAUAAAAAAUAAAAAUUCUUUUGUUAUCUAUCUCCUACUAUGAGUGCCAACCCUAGUACUAGCGGCGGCGGAGGGCCGGGCACUGCCAGUGCCGGCGGGAGUGUCGGUGCCGGCGGAGGAGGUCCAUGUGGGGCCUGCAAGUUUUUGAGAAGAAAGUGUGUUCCCGGUUGCAUAUUUGCUCCUUAUUUCGACUCCGAGCAAGGCGCAGCUCAUUUCGCAGCGGUUCACAAGGUGUUCGGAGCUAGCAACGUCUCCAAGCUCCUCCUUCAUAUUCCCGUCCACAAACGUCUCGACGCCGUCGUCACUAUUUGUUAUGAAGCUCAAGCCCGCCUCCGAGACCCCGUAUACGGUUGCGUUGCUCAUAUUUUCGCUCUUCAACAACAGGUGGUGAGUUUGCAAGCCGAGCUGACGUACCUUCAAGCCCAUCUAGCAACACUGGAGCUCCCGUCGCCGCCGAACCCACCUCCGCCACCUCCACCGCCAAGUUUUCCGGCGCAACCACCGCUUUCCAUCUCUGACCUGCCAUCGGCUUCCUCCCUGCCGGCCACUUACGACUUGUCGUCUCUCUUCGACCCAAUGGCUCAGCCUGCAUGGGCCAUGCAACAGCAACGGCUCGACCACCGCCAGUUCGCCGGCGGAGGUGGCGGUUCAUCCACGGCGCCCGGAGAGGGCGAUCUUCAAGCUCUGGCCCGCGAACUCCUCCUUAGACACGGCGCUCCGCCGUGCUCCGACGCCUCGUCGCCCCAAUCGCUCUCCAAAUGAAACUUUUUUUUUUUACAUAAUUUAAAUUCUUG